UGUUACCUCCGACGCUUCCAUUCAUGGUUCUUCGCUGCCGCAGAGAAGAAAGAAGAAUUAAUGGCCAAAUGUUGGAUUGCGGAGGUUUGAAGUUUCAUUAUCGCCAGUAAAAGCAACGGGAAACCCUUGAUUAAACAACCAUCGUUCCAGCAAUGGCUGAUGAAACAACACCAGUUGGUGAGCCCUUGACGGCCAAAUACCAGAAUUCUUUCGCUUACACCACAAUAAAGGACAGGCUACCAGUCAUCCUGAGCAAGAUCGCCGACACCUUGUGUCGCAUGAAAGACAAGGUGAAGGCAGAGCACGGCGAGAAAGGCUGCAACGAACUAAAAACCAUUAUUGGUUGCAUGUCGAAGCUACGAAAUGAAGUGCAAACUGACAAAACCCUGAAACCCAUUGAGGACCAGCGCUCAGAUGUCACCCAAUGGAAUGAUUACCUAGUCGAGGUGAUGAAUUUGGCCGCUGAUAACGAGAGCAGCUCUAGUAGUUCUGUAAAAGACGGUAGUGCCAACGUGUCGUGGUUUACCGAGCGGUGGCUGUACGUCGAGUGCUACAUGUACCGUCGAGUGCAAGAAGCGGUGGAAUUAUGUGAAGUGCUCAACCGAUUGGACGUCUUCCAGGAACAGAAGCAGAGCGCUUUGCUCUCUUCACAACCGGCUGUUGACGGAUUAUUGUCCUUCCUGGACGACUUACUGUCCAAAUUGGGGCCCAGUAUUUCGGACCUUGACCUGCAGACGGCAUUUAAGCAUCUCAUCCAAAUCUCAUUAUGGAGUAACAAGUGCGACUUGUCCAUAUCUGCCGGCGCUGAAAUGAAAUACCAGUUUAGUUUGCUUGAAACCCUUAAGACACUCUGUGAUAAUAUUCUCAUUGAUGACACAAGUUCCAUGUGGAAUCAUCUGGAGAAGAUGAGGCAUCCAAGUGACCAUCCAACCUCGGCUCGCAUUGACAUCAUUUUGGACAACUCUGCCUAUGAACUAAUUACCGACCUGUGUCUGGCCGAGUUCUUCGUCGCAUCCGGCCUCGCGACGACCGUCCACUUCCACGGUAAGGCUUUCCCGUGGUUCGUCUCAGACACGACGCAAGAAGACUUCUACUCAACGCUCGCCCAGCUGGAGCAGUCUACUGAUGAAGUUGCCGCUCGGUUCGGGCAGAGAUGGCUCAAGCGCCUCCAGGAUGGCUCGUGGCAUUUCACGGUCCACGACUUCUGGACACUGCCGUUCACAUUUGAUCAGAUGAGGUCGCGCUGUCCUAAUCUCUACAACCAACUUGCUGCCAGCAACCUCAUCAUCUUCAAAGGUGACUUGAACUACCGUAAGCUAGUAGGGGACAUAAAUUGGGACACGACGACGCCUUUCAGCGAUGCCCUCCGCGGUUUCCAUCCCGCACCUCUCUGCGUCCUGCGGACAACAAAAUCCGACACGGUGGCCGGAUUAAACGACGAUGUCAAGACAAAAGUGUCCCAGACCGAUGCCCAGUGGAUGGUCAAUGGUAAUUGGGGCAUUAUAUCUUUCUCUGACCAAAUCUCUUGACCAGCCUACAGGUCAGUCAGAAUUUUUUAAGAAUAUGUCCACUGUUUUCCGCAGGACAACACCACCACUUGACUGAUGUCUUGAUUCCUUCACCAAAACACACACUUUAAGUUUGUAAUAUAUCUGACCGCUGUCCACUCUUGGCUACUUCUGCUGCUGCAGCCAGCCAUCUUCUGGACACUUGUGUCUACCUGCUACUCCCAAUUCCCCUCUCUUUUAAUGCACAAACACACACACACACACACACUUACACAUGCUUAGAUACAUACCUACCUAUAUAUAUAUAUAUAUAUAU